UAUAAUCCGUAGUUGCUAUAAGCUCCUUUCGAACGGCUACGGCACUAAUCUCACUCAUCGUCUCUACCCUUCCUUCUCUCCGUCCGCGUCAACUCGACUUCCAACACUAUCUUCUCGGAGACUUUUCCCUUUAAGCCGUUGUCGUCGUGGUCGAAAUAGAGCGACCAUACACCCUUCUCCUCCCUAACAGCCAUAAAGCCUUCCCAACCAUCCAGGGUAAGUCUUUUAUCUAUCCUCGUACAGUCCCAAGGUCCUACAAUGUGAGGUUCGGAUUCUAUUCGAUUGCCAUACUUGAGCGCAUAUGUGUCUUGAUCCAUGUAUAUCCAGUUCAGCUGUGGAGGUUCAUCGCUGAUGGUCGAGACAAGUCCUUCCCCUUUGCGACCCCAGUCUUUGUCAGGGAAAGGAAGAAAAUAUCCUGCGAAGAUAUGUGAGGCUGGACCCUCAGUAGCAGGUGUUGUGAUAUAUAGCUAGAUAUGUAUUUAUUAGUCAUGCGGCGUCCUUUACAGGUUGGAUCUUACGAGCGAUAGUCUCCGUACCUUCUGAUUCCGCAGAACAACGUUUCCCCCGUUUAUCUGGCUCGUAACUCUCGAUGAACUGCGGCAAGACACAACGAGGUUCGACUUCACACCUCUGUGCUGUUCUUUGGCGGACUUUUUUUGACCUUGGCGGACCGCUUCGGUGGUGCCAAUGAUUGCAGGACAAGCUGCGAUUGCGGUAACGAUCCCCAGGACCAUGGUGUCACAAGAAAUUUGGUUGUUGAAUGGAGAAACUAAGGACGCCGGCUGGUUUCUAUCUAUUGUGUGAAGGCUCAAGGCGCUAUAAAUGGAUACCGGUGACGAGUCGGACAAGACAUGCAGAGGAGUGAAACGAAGCCCUCGUAACUGUGCUGAACGAGUUAUUGAUUGACACUAUACUUAAGGAAUGCGACUCUCUUGCUUUGUUGAAUGUUGAGUCACAUAACUUUUCCUUCGACCUACCUUACAUCCUUGCUCCCCUGUUGUGUGGUACCCUCGGACGUCAACCCCGAUAGCUGUCAGCCCCAAUAGUGGAACAUGUCACGCACUCAAACAGCAGAAGCCCAAGGUUCAGCUGCCUGGGAAGCGAAAGAAGACGCAUCAGACGCUGAGCCGUCCCCACUCCCUCGAGGUGGCCGGAAAGCUCCCAAGCUCCAGCAAGCCGUGCAAAAAAGGCCGGCAAGUGACACUACCCAGUCUAUCGGCGCAGAAGACGAUGUUACAGCUCCCCAGGCCAGUAGAGGGAGAAGAAUCGUACCGGUGCAUCAAUCUCGAAUUCAGGAUCGACCGGCGAAAGUGGGUGAGAAGGACAGCAGUCUCAAGAUCAAGAUUGAACUGGAUCUGGAAGUUGAGGUCGAGAUCUACGCAAGAGUCAAAGGAGACGUGACCAUCGGAUUAUUGUGAGACCACUGCAGAAGCAUGACAUUGCCUUGCGUUAUCCGAGUUAUGAGCAGGGAUUGAAUGGUAUCGGCCCCGAUCCUUUAGUCGUAAUUUGACUCAGGUGAGAUUUGGGAACAGCGACAAUUCUGGAAAGAGGUGGGAGGUGCCGUUCCGGAGGAGGUCGAAAUCCAAUGCAUUACAGGGUUUUCUGGGGCAUGGCAUAGUACUUGCAAAAUAUUAUUCCU